GGCUGAUAAAAGUAGUGAAAAGAUAAAAAGAUUGACAAGGGAAGAAGAACAAGACAGGAACAUAUUGAGUGAGUUCGGGACACAGAGCAAAAAUGUCAAUUUGUUCAGGAAUCUUCGGUACAAGAUUGGGGUCUGUGGUAUUGCCUAAGCAGCAGCAGCAAUCCAACUACUCAACAAUUGGUGAUGUUGGUGUUAACAAUGGUCUAAUGAUGAUGCCAACUGGGAGAGUAACAAUGCCGAUGGUAGAAUGUUCAUCAAGACCACAAAAGAAAGGUACUGCUCAUCACAGGAAGACUAGACCAAAGAAGAGUCAGCCAUGGGAUAUCAAGCGUGGAAAAACCAUUUACCCACCACUUCCUGCUUUACCUGCUGAUUGGACUCUUGUUUCUGCUGCUCCUAUCACCACUGACAUUACUGAUUCUGCUGUUAUUGGCGAGUCCGAUACUGUCGAAUGAAUGAGUGUCUUAAGGUUUUAACAUCAAGCAAGUUUGUUUAUCUUGUAUUAGUCUGUUUAUGUUUCAAUUCGUUGUUGAUUUUGCAUUUUAUGUUGUUUAUGUCAAAGUGAGAACACAUUUUGGGACAUGAAGUGAUGAAUGAAUUCUAGGCUGUUUUUUGUUUGGGUUAAAUUACUUUCUUUGAGAA